CGCUAUUUAUAUUAAUUUCAAAAACAUAUUUUAUACGAACCUCGGAUAGUUCAACAGUACCAACAAUUCCCAUUUGAUCGUAGUUCCAUUUUACAUGCUGAACGCCCAUCGCUUGUCGUACUCGUGAAUUAAUUCCGUCGGCACCAAUCUGAAUCAAGAAAUAUUUAUAAUUAAAAAGUUAUAAAUUUGAGUAAAUAAAUGUUUGAACUUAAAAUAUAAAGUUUUCUUUUACAAAUUGUGUUGCUUUGCUGGUCCAGAGUUGCAUAAGUUUUAAUAUGAUAAUUUAUCGGAGUAGGUAAACGAGGGUUAAGCCUUCAAUUUUAUAGUUCUCAUUAAUUUUGAGUUACGCGAAUAAAUAUAGCGCCGCUAAAUGUAUUAUGCUACGAGUGCGCUAUAAACAUUCCGAUUUCUGCACAAAAACGAUUUGCAGUGAAUUCAAUCAUAAUGUAGGUAAGAUAUUGCAAGAGGUGGGAGAGUGAGAAAAGAGAUUACAUUACAAAGUCCGGAAAUAACUUUAGUGCGGUUCCAGAGUUUGGUUAUUCCAGUAGUCUCAUAACUAAUCCUUGUGAUGUACGAAUACAUAUUUUUUCUCGGUUCGCGCCUCGCAUGUGUUUUUACCUAAACGAAUAUCCGAUAGUGAUUGGCUGAUAAAGUCAAAAAUUAUUUUAAGAAAAAUAUUUUCCUUCAUCAAAGUGUGAAAAAUGAGAUAAAUUAUGAAAAAAAGUGAUUCUACAGUGAACUUCCUCACAGGAUGUAGUUAUCAAAUGUGUUUGCUACCGCCUUAAAGUAAACUCUAUUCGCGAAAAUUAGACCAACAUCAAAGGAAAUCGUCUAUGAGUUAUGAAAUUUGCAACUCUAAUCCGAAUGGAUUCCCUCGAUUUUUUUACGAAACUAGUAGGAAUGUAGUUCCCUGAAUGAGUUAAAUAUACACGCAAUCUGCCUCAUAAACAACUUCGAACAUAUGUGGAUGCUCACAAGAAUUUCAAGGAGGAAGGAAUAAUUUUAGAGUAUCAGGCAAAAGGAGAGAAAUUAACAGUCAUAAAUCAAACCUGCAACGAAUUCGCAUACUGAUAUUUAGAUGGAUCAAGAUGAUGAAAUUUGGAUGGAUGAUUUGGAUCUGGAACGAGGAAGUAUCUCAUCAGAAGAUAGUUCCCAAUCUGCUGUCUGUCUAAAACAGAGGCAACUGUAUCACCAGCAACUUUGGAGCGAAGAGGAUGUUAUUCGAGCAAUAUCAAGCCUGCCAGCUGGAAAAACAGCUCUUUCUGUGAUAUCGACACUAAGUGGAGAGCGAUUAGAAAAAGUUAUCAAAGACGUCAAAGAAGCAGAUUUUUCAGAAACCAAAGUGAAAGAUCAAAUUUCACUUAUUCCUAAAUUUGCUAAUGGCGGAAUAAGGAAAGCGUCUUUAGCAGCAGAAAACGAAUCAGCAGCAUCAGCAACCCCGGAACAAUUAUUAACAAAAUGGCCAAACACUUGUCUCUUAGUUUCUGCAUGGACAGGCCAAUUGGAUUUAGUGAAAGUGCUUUUGGAAAAGGGUGCUGAUGUUUCGUGUUGUGAUAACGACGGAAGAACUUCACUGCAUUUGGCAGCAUGUCUGGGAGCAGAAGAAAUAGUCCAAGAAUUGUUAAAUCAUGGAGCAAAUCCUGGAGAAUGGGACUUCAAUCGAACUUGUACUCCUCUACAUUGUGCAUCAGCCGCCGGAGAUCUUGGCACUGUCAAGUGUCUGUUAGCCGCAGGGGCAGACGUAAAUGCUGGCAUAUCUGAAAGGAGUCCUCUUCACUACGCAGUUCUUAGCAAUAAUUCCAGUUGCGUUGAAGCGUUGCUAGAAGCAGGAGCUUCGCCAAACAAUCCUCAGGUAUAUACCGAAACACCUUUACACGUGGCAGCAAGUUUGGGAGCAACAACAUGUUUAAAUCUUCUGUUAUAUUUCGGAGCUGAUGUCAGAGUGCAAAUGGGAACUGCAAGAUCCACUCCGUUGCACUUGGCGGCAGAAGAAGGAAGUCCAGAAUGUACGAAACUUCUUCUAGACUAUCACGCAUCCCACAAGGCAAAAAAUUCUCGAGGCCAGACAGCUUUGCAUUUAGCAGCAUUGGCUCAAUCGGCAGAAACUAUGGAAAUCCUGAUAUCGGAAGGAGCAAAUGUUAAUGAAGAAGACAGUGAUGGAAGAACUCCCUUGCAUGCUGCGGUUGCAAAAUCGGUUAGGGGAAGCGACCUUGUCAAAAUGUUGAUCCAGGGCGGGGCUCAGGUUAAUAAGCCAGACAAGUUUGGUUACACCCCUCUUCAUAUUGCAGCGCUGAGCGAAAGUUCAUCAAUAGUGAUACUUUUGCUAUCAAAAGGAGCUGACGUGACUGCGAGGACAAAAGGAGGAAUAUCAGCCUUGAGUUUCAUUGUUAGAAGAACUCCAGAUGUUCUACCUCGAUUCAUCGCCAGACUCGAUCAGGCCAUUUCCCUCCACGAUCAUGAACUAGGCGAUGUCGACUGUGAACUACGACUAGACUUCAGACCCUUGGUUCCAGGUGGAAGAGGUGAAACUGAUCUGAUGCUUUGCCUUGUCGAAGUCGGGCAACGCCAUCUUUUAAAACACCCUUUGUGUGAAAGUUUCCUCUACCUGAAAUGGCUCAGAAUCCGGAAGUUCUUCCUCUUCAGCCUCGUCUUCCACUCCAUCUUCGUGGCAAUGUUCACCAGCUACAUCGCAUUCACAUUCCUCUUCAAGAUGCAACGAAUGAGUGAAGUCUUCUUCUGGCCAGUGAUCCUCUUCACCGUACUUCUGACUUGCAAAGAAAUAUUCCAACUGGCUCACGGAGUCUGCAUUUAUGCCAAAGGAUGGGAGAAUGGACUUCAGUGGAGUGUAAUUGUAACUUCGGGAAUAAUAUUGUGCAAGAAGGUGCCAGGUGAAAGAGACUGGUCGCAUCACGUCGCUGCUCUGGGUAUUCUGCUAGUCUGGAUAGAAUUGAUGAUGGUUGUUGGAAGGUUUCCUAUGUUUGGGAUUUACGUCCAGAUGUUCACCCAAGUUGCAAUCAACUUCUUCAAGUUUCUAGGUGCCUACAUUUGUUUAAUAAUUGGUUUCUCUUUAGGCUUCAGCGUCCUGCAUAGGAAUUAUAAGUCUUUUGAAAAUCCUCUGGUUGGUUUGUUGAAGACGAUUAUAAUGAUGUCUGGAGAAUUGGAGUUCGAAGACGUAUUCUUCGACGAAACAGACACGAUUUUGUAUCCAGGAACUACUCAUUUGAUGCUGCUAGUCUUCGUCGUUCUAGUCACAAUCAUUCUUACGAAUCUGAUGAUGGGUCUCGCCGUUUCGGAUAUUCAAGAACUGAGGAGAUGUGCCGGUUUGGAUAGAUUAAUUAGAAGAGCGCAACUUGUGGCUCAUUUGGAGAAUUUAUUAUUUUCGAAAUUGCUGGAUUUUGCGCCACUGAAAAUUGUCAAGUUUUGCAGAAGUGGAGCUUUGUUGCUUCAUCUUCCACAUCAUUGCGCGAUUCAUAUUCGACCGAAUGAUCCGAGAGAGAAUCGAUUGCCGAGAGAUUUGAUCAAGAGUAUCUAUCGACUUGUCAGCGAAAAAAAAAUCAGAUGUAAAAAAACCAGGAUUUCGUCUCUGAGAAGUAUAAAUAGUAUUGAUUUGAGCGAUACGAAAUUGAGCAGACUCUACAGUAAUAAUUCUGUUAAUGAUACCAAUCGACAGCUGAGUGAAAUUUCGAAUGAACUCAAAAGGUGUGCUCAAAAUAUUGGUGCGAGAAUGGAUGCACUUAUGAAUAAAGUCGAGUAUAUCGCGAGGGAAAUUGACUUAUCGCUGCAAACUUAAUAAAAGUUUCUCAGAUGGCUUAGGAUUCUUAAAUUUCGUUUUUUUUUAAAUG